CUCCUCCCUCCCUCGCCCGCCUGCCUUUCGCUUCUUUUUAAGCCUUUAUUUACUACCACUACUAUACUCCUCUCUCUUUCUCACUCGUCACAAGCUCUCUUUCAUCGCAUCCACACCAUUCCACUUCCACCCCACGAGGAUCCAGCCUGCCUGUCCCUCUCGCCGCACGCCACGACCGUAGUCGCUCGCCGGCGUGUCUAGCCUAGCCGGGGCCUGGGCCUCCGCGCUCGUGCUCCCGGGAAACAACGACCGACGCGUCCUCAUAGUCAUAGAGGCAGCUAAGGCAGCCACGCAUUCGUCGCUCGCUCGACCGGCGAUGGCGAGAGGUGACACGGCGAGCGAGGCGCUGACGGCGGACUCAGCCGACGAGGAGGGGCGCCGCGGGAGCAGCUCCAGCGCCAGCUCCGACGCCGCCUCCAGCUUCUCCUGCACGUACUCCCCGGCCCCGCCCGACGAGUGGCACAAGGUGGCCAUCAUCAAGACCUGCGUGUCUGUGUCGGCCGACGCCGCGGGCGGCGGCGGCGGCAAGGACCAGAAGCCGCGCGGCGUCGUCGCCGCGGCCGACAGGCACGGAGGAGCAUCAGAGAUGGAGAUGAUGAAGGAGCGGUUCUCCAAGCUGCUGCUCGGCGAGGACAUGUCCGGGAGCGGCAAGGGCGUCUGCACCGCGCUCGCCAUCUCCAACGCCGUCACCAACCUCUGCGCGACGGUGUUCGGCCAGCUCUGGAGGCUGGAGCCGCUGCCGCCGGAGAAGAAGGCCAUGUGGCGGCGCGAGUUGGACUGCCUGCUCUGCGUCAGCGACCACAUCGUGGAGCUGGUGCCCACGUGGCAGACAUUCCCGGAUGGUACAAGGCUUGAGAUCAUGACAAGCAGGCCGCGGUCUGAUCUGUACAUCAACCUGCCGGCGCUUCGGAAGCUAGACAACAUGCUCCUCGAAAUCCUGGAAGGUUUCAGGGACGUCGAGUUCUGGUACGUGGACCAGGGCAUCUGUGCGCCGGACUGCGACAGCUCCGCGUCCUACCGGAGAACGUUCCACCGCCGCGACGACAAGUGGUGGCUGCCGGUGCCGCACGUGCCCCACGGCGGUCUCCGCGAGGCCACGCGGAGGCAGCUGGAGCACCGUCGCGACUGCGCCAGCCAGAUCCUCAAGGCCGCCAUGGCCAUCAACAGCAACGCACUGGCCGAGAUGGCCGUGCCGGUCUCCUACCUCGACUCGCUGCCAAAGAACGGGCGCGCGGCGCUGGGCGACGUCAUCUACCGGUACAUCACCUCGGACCAGUUCUCCCAGGACUACCUCCUCGACUGCCUCGACCUGUCGUCGGAAUACCAGGCGCUGGAGAUCGCCAACCGCGUCGAGGCCUCCAUCUACGUGUGGCGCCGGAAGGGGGGCGGCGGCGCCAGAUCGUCCUGGGGCAUCGUGAAGGACAUGGUCAUGGACACGGAGAAGAGGGACCUGCUCGCCGAGCGCGCGGAGGCGCUGCUCAUGUCCCUCAAGCAGCGGUUCCCCGGGCUCACUCAGACGAGCUUGGACAUGAGCAAGAUCCAGUACAACAAGGACGUGGGCAAAUCGAUCCUCGAGAGCUACUCGAGGGUCCUCGAGAGCCUGGCCUCCAACAUCAUCGCGCGGAUCGACGACCUGCUCAACGUCGACGAGCUGAGCAAGCAACCAGCUGACAGCAUCCCGUCCGCCGGAGCGGACGCGAAGGUUGCGUGCAAGAGCAACGGCAGCAAGCAGGCCACGGCGGUGCCUGCCUCGGGCACGCCGUACGCGACGGCGUACGCCACGCCGAGCUUCUCGCCGGCGCAGCUGUCGAGCCCGUCCAAGAUCGGGAGGGCCCUGCUGGUCGACCGCCGGUCGCACCACGUUGCCGGAGCUAAGAGGGCAACGGCGUCCGCGGCUGAUCGCGCUGGCGUGGAGGUGGUCAAGGGAAUGGUGGUCGACGGCAGCAGCGCCAUAUUCGAUAUCAUCCCGAUAGCUGUCCCAGCAAAGAUAUGAAGAGUCCGCUCGUCUGUGCGGACCAGAUACGUCAUACGUGUUGUGUUGGCGUGAAGUAGUGGGUUUACUGUAGCAUCCGAGGGCGAUUUCUCUUGUUGCCGAUGGCAGCCCUCCGCUUGCGACUGUAAUGCUUUUGGUGCGGUGUCGUGUAGUAUGUUACACGUAGAGUUUUCUGUAUCUGUCAGAUGUUCGUUGGAUGAAAGCACCGCCGACACUGGUCGUCGGCUGUCGCGGAGUAAGAUUAUGUCACC